AUGGGCUAUGACUAUGCGCUCGUGCACGUCAAGUACACGAUUCCCCCGGCAAUCGCCUUGACUCUCCUCUACCGUCCUCUGUUGACCCGUCUGGAUGUCUACAAGAUCCUCUUCCUCAUCACCAUCGCUGUUGUAUCCACCACACCAUGGGACUCCUACUUGAUCCGUACUCGCAUCUGGUCCUAUCCCGAGAACGCCGUCAUUGGGCCUAAGGUCUUUGACAUUCCUCUAGAGGAGCUCUUCUUCUUUGUUAUCCAAACCUACAACACUUCGAUCUUGUAUCUGCUUCUGAGCAAGCCUACCUUCCACCCAGUCUAUUUGCGCCGCCAGGAAAAGAAUGACCGUUGGAAGUACAUGAAGCUGGCUGGUCAGCUUCUGCUUGGUCUGCUUAUGAAAAAGGCUAUAACCCUUAUCAGGGAAGAAGGCGCGGGAACAUACAUGGGCCUGAUUCUGGCAUGGGCUGUCCCAUUCUUGCUUUUGCUGUGGUCGCUGGCUUACCAAUUCAUCCUUGGUUUGCCCAUUACCAACACCCUGCUGCCAAUCCUUCUUCCGACCUUGUACCUCUGGAUUGUGGAUACAUUGGCUCUCCGCCGAGGCACCUGGGUCAUCGAAUCGGGCACUAAGCUUGGAACCCACCUUUGGCCUGGUCUGGAAAUUGAAGAGGCUGUCUUCUUCCUGUUGACGAAUACUCUGAUUGUGUUUGGUCUCGUUGCUUUCGACAAUGCAAUCGCAAUCCUCAAUGCUUUCUCCACGCAUUUCCCUUCGGUACCGGCACUCCCUUCACCUAUGCUGUUGGUCAAGGCCCUCCUACUCCCGGCUGGAGCCUAUGAUGAAGAUCGCAUUGAAGGUCUCGCGCAAGCUGUUGAUCGUCUCGAGAAGAAAAGCCGAAGCUUCUUUCUGGCCAGCGCAGCGUUUUCUAGCCGUCUGAGAGUAGACUUGAUUGUUUUGUACUCUUUCUGCCGUGUAGCUGACGAUCUUGUCGAUAAUGCCGCCUCGCCUCUUGAGGCGCGUAAAUGGAUUAAGCACCUCCGUACUUUCCUGGAUCUCUCCUACAAAGCCAAGGAUCCAAUGGCGCACGAUCAGAAUGUUGGAAGCGUUGUCCGACAUGUCGUUACUGAAUUCCCACGCAACACCCACACCGCCUUGCUCCAACUCCCUACCGGACGUCUUUCUUCGAAAAAUCUCUAUGAUCUUCUUAAAGGCUUCGAGAUGGACCUAGGCUUCCAAACGAGCAAGGGAGCCAAGCCUUCUGCUUUCCCAAUAAAGUCAGAAUACGAUUUGGACAUAUAUUCGUCACGGGUUGCCGGUACAGUGGCUGCCAUGUGCAUUGAGCUCGUGUUCUUCCACUACCCGGACGAGGUAUCUAAAGUCCAACAAGAAAAGAUCCUGGAUGCCGGAAACACCAUGGGAAUAGCACUUCAGUACACGAACAUUGCCCGCGACAUCGGCACGGAUGCUCUACUACAGCGCGUCUACCUGCCGACCAAUUGGCUGAAGGAGGAGAACUUGACCCCUGAACAAGCCAUCCAAGUGUUCACGAUAUUGGACGGCAAGUCCACACUUGGCCCUGAAGAUCAAAUAUUCAUAACCAAGCUGGAACGAUUGAGACACCGUCUAUUGGACCGAUCGUUCGCGUUGUACGAAGACUCACGCGAUGCUAUCGACAAGCUCCCUUCAGAAGUGCGCGGACCCAUGCGCGUCGCUACCGAGAGUUACAUGGAGAUUGGACGGACCUUGAGACAGCCGGGCUACAGGGUCACGAAAGGAAAGGCAACAGUAGGCGGAUGGCGAAGACUGGCAGUGGCUUGGAAAGCACUGCAGUAG